AUGGAGAGAGAAGCGCCCACGCCUAACUCUCGGGCGGUUCACCGCUACGUUUCCAAAAACCUGCGGCCAGCGGUUAUUGCCAGCCUCGGCAGCCACGGCGAGGGCUUACGGAGGGCUGAGCCGUCUCCUGCCUUCCUUCCAGGAAGGAUGAGCAAGUGGGCGACGCAGACUUUAAAAGUUAGGACUUUUCUCACAGCAGGAAACCAGCGAGUCUUUCAGCGCUGCGUACCGCUACGCAAAAGCUUUACCUACACCCACCCGGUCCUCAGCUUGGGUGACGAUCCUGGCUACCGGGCGGCCAGGAGACAACUUGCUAAGAGGAUCCAGGCAGGUCCGGCUGCAGGAGGCAGCGAUGCCGGCGCGGUCGCCUUCUCGGCCGUGGCCAUCCCCAGCAAGCUGCCUGGAGAGGGAAGAGGGAGCCCCAAUGGAAAAAGCCGCGCUCUGAAUCCGGUGCACGACGUUACCGAGCUAUCGGCACCGGGAGAGGCACCAGCACCGGCAGCACCAGUACUGGUGCCAGCAGCGCUGGCAGCACCAGCGCCGGUACUGGUAUCAGCAGUGUCAGCACCGGGAGAGGCACCGGUGGCACCAGCACCACAGACAGCG